GUUUUCGUAAGCGCCCGUCGUGUAUAAAAGACGGAAGUGCCUGGAAUCAGGCGCACUUCGCAUCCAGUACACUCCUGGAAAGACAAUGAAAACCAACUGUGUGUUGGCGGUUAUCGCCGUAGUUUUUCAGCUGCCAGGUAUUCUGGCUCCUCCACCGACUCUGGAGGCGGGAGAAAUAGCGCCCUAUACCGUCAUCAAACAGACAAAGGACUACGAAAUACGCUCGUAUGCCGCAGCCAAAUGGGCGUGCCGUGACCACAAAGGCGAUACUUAUCGGAGCAGGGACCAAGCCAUGUCCUUCUUCGAUCUCUUCGACUAUAUCAGCGGUGAAAAUUCUGCAAACACCCAAAUUGCCAUGACAGCACCAGUGACAGUUUACACCCAAGCCAACAUCGAUGCCCAGGGCAACUCCCUGUACAAAAUGUGCUUCUACAUACCCUCUGUUCGCCAGGGAAAUCCCCCUGCUCCCAAGAGCCAGAUUGUGUACAUUGAGAAUCGUCCUCCGCUCGUCCUUGCAGCGAGACGCUUUGGAGGCUUCGUUAAAAGACAAGAAGACUGGACAGAACACAUGGAAGCACUGAAGGCAAACCUGAAGGCUGACAGCGAACAAAGUUUCGACUUCGUUAAUUUCUACGGAGCUACAUACGACUCGCCUUACAAAUUCAAGGACAGACGCAAUGAAGUCUGGCUCGUGAAGUUACAGUAACGAUGCUACACCUGUGGCUACACCUUCCCUCGAGUGCAGACGAGUCUCCGAAGAUUGUGAUGCAGUUAAAAUGGCAAAUCCAGAAAACACGUUCAUUCACACAGCAGAUAAAUUCUUAAUCUUGUCUAGUCACUUUGUUAUUCACUCCAAGAGAAGACAUCAUGAUCUGGGCCUCCAGAAAGUACUUUGGAAUGUUACUAGAUUUGCAGAUUGCGAUGGGAUACUAGGCUACACUUGUACUUUUCUAAUCCAACAUUCACUUGCACUUACACGGUUAUGUUUCAUUUUUGUUUUUUAUAUGUUUGUGAUUGUCUAGGGAAUAAAAUGAGCAUUUUA